AUGGCCGACUCUCAAACAUCGCAACUUGCCCAAUCCAUACCUCAGAACGGAUCACAAGAGCAUCCCCCUCCGUCCGAAUCUGAAGAUAACAUCAAAACCGAGCCUGAUCUUGAUGCUUCCAUCGAAAAAGACGUCGAGAUGAACACCGACAGCCAGACCGGAGCGAACGCGAACGCCAGCGCGCCUGGCCAAGAUCCCAUGGCCCCCGCGCCAGAACCCUCCAAGAAGGAAACAAGCUUGCGCGAGUUCCUCGGCAAGAUGGACGACUAUGCACCAAUUAUUCCCGACGCUGUCACCGCCCACUACCUCACCCUCGCCGGUCUCCCACCACCAGGCACAGGGCCCGGCCAAACCCCACCUCACCUGGCGCGACUCCUGGCGCUCGCUGCGCAAAAGUUCGUCUCCGACAUCGCAGCGGACUCGUACCAGUUCGCCCGCAUCCGCGCCUCAAAUAGCUCCUCCGCAAACAACCCCAUCGGCAGUCUAGCAGCUGCAGCUGGUCUCGGUGCUCCGGCGGGCGCAGGCGGUGCCCCAGCUCCUGGCGGUGAUGGCGGCAAGAGCAACAAAGCUGGAACUCAUCUGGGCAUCCAGCGGCCUGGAUUUGGAGGUGGUGGUUCUGGUGGCUCUGGUCAGGGACGCACGGUAUUAACCAUGGAGGACCUGGGAAUGGCAGUUUCAGAAUAUGGAGUCAGCGUGAAGCGAGGCGAGUUCUACAGGUAG